CGCGCUUAGCAACAAGCUAAGAGAAACCACAUCUGUGUGAACUCAGAUUAAAGUCGAGCGCCUUCUCUUUCUUUCUUUCUUUCUUUCUUUCAAAAGACGGACUUGUUUUUGGAGUCGACAUUUCUGGAAAAAAAAACAAAAACAAAGAAGUGCUAACAAUGUCGUGAGUUCAGCUUGUCCUAAAAAACAACAAUUGAGACAAGUGGUUUUCUCUGAAGAGAAGCGAAUAUUUUAGCAGUUUGCUAACUAGCCUGGAGCUAGCGUGUGCUGAAAAGUGUCUGGCGAGGAAUAAUAAGCGACCGUUUUCACAUUUCUGGCCGUUUCCUCAGAUUGGGAUGGUGCUUUUGAUCGCCAGAGAUCUCCACAGUGUGAAAGGGCUGAAGAGAGAGCAGGCUGGACAUCUGUGUUGUUGGACUGGGACUCUUUCAGGGAGCGGCGGCGGCGCGCAUGUGCUGGAUGUGUGUUUUUGUCCUGCUGCAAGCUGACCCAAACGCCUAUUCUUUCUAAUCCCUUGGAAUUUACAAUCUCUGGAGGAAGACCAAUCACAUGAGAAGGACAAAGAACCAACUGCUUUUGUCUGAGUCGAUAGUUUUACCCUGAUUAACAAGAACACUAAAGCUGGCUGAGUUCCUUUGAGCAUUCUCCUACAGUUCACUGGUUUGGACUGGAGCCAAGACGACACUCGAAAAGAUCUGGCCCUUAAAUCCUCCUGACACUCUGCAGCUCAGGUCUUCAGAGGAUCAAAAUAAGUAGAUAAUAAUAAAAAGAAAAUCUUGACUUGAAUGAUCAUGGUUCAGUUAUGACUUAUCUAACUUGAAGACAUGACCUGAAGACAAUAAUCGUGUUUCAUUUGUGUAAAAAAAAAAAAAAGUGGAACUUUUUACAAAGACCAGAAAAAAAAAAAGAGAGAAACAUUUCAUUUUCAUGUUGACCUCAAUAAUUCUCCAGCAGCAUGAUGAUCCUGAGCAGAAAACCAGAUGGUCCGGUCACAGCAGCUCGACACGGGGACGGUCUUUACGACUCUUACAUGCGCACGGACCAGAUCAUGAAUGAAGAAACUGAACUGAAAGGACAGAGCCCCGGCACCCUUCCCCCAUUGCACAAACACACAGCUGUGAACAAGCCAACAAUGAAAGAUCACCUUGGCGUCCGAGGAGAUCAGAUGAGGAUAAAGUCCCUAUAUGAGGAUUCCUACAGCCGCAAGCACAAUGGUACCAGCCAAACGCCUGCCAAGCCCCGGUCUGUUCUGUCCAGAGAGCGGAGCGUGGACCGCAACAGUUCAGCCAAGUCCUCUGAAAGCUCAGUGAAGACAACCAAGCCAGGGGGUCCACUAAGCUCAGACCAGGCACUGAAGCAGUACAGGCAACAGUUGAGUGCACUAGAACAGCAGGAGAUCCUCAAUUAUUCUGAGAUCUACUUUGUGGGACCAAAUGCCAAGAAGAGACAAGCAGUUGCAGGUGGCCUUAACAACUCUGGAUAUGAUGAUGACCAGGGAGGAUAUAUCCAUGUGCCACAUGAUCAUGUUGCCUAUCGUUAUGAGUUCCUAAAGGUAAUCGGUAAAGGAAGUUUCGGUCAAGUGGCAAAGGUCUACGACCAUAAGCUGCACCAGCAUCUCGCUCUAAAGAUGGUGCGCAAUGAGAAACGCUUCCACCGGCAAGCAACAGAGGAGAUCCGAAUCUUGGAGCACCUGAAAAAGCACGACAAGACAGGCAGCAUGAACGUAGUCCAUAUUCAAGAGCACUUUACCUUCCGCAAUCAUAUCUGCAUGACCUUCGAGCUGCUUAGCAUGAAUCUCUAUGAACUCAUCAAGCGCAAUAAAUUCCAGGGCUUCAGCCUACCUUUGGUACGCAAGUUCGCCCACUCCAUCCUGCAGUGUCUGGAGUCUCUGCACCGCCAUAAGAUCAUCCACUGUGAUCUAAAACCAGAGAACAUUCUUCUCAAGCAGCAGGGUCGGAGCGGUAUCAAGGUCAUCGACUUUGGCUCCAGCUGCUUUGAACACCAGCGUGUCUAUACCUAUAUUCAGUCCAGAUUUUACAGAGCACCUGAGGUCAUCCUUGGCUCACGCUACGGCAUGCCCAUCGACAUGUGGAGCUUUGGCUGCAUUCUUGCUGAGCUCCUGACAGGGUACCCUCUCUUUCCUGGUGAGGAUGAGGGUGACCAGUUGGCCUGUAUAAUGGAGCUAUUGGGAAUGCCCCCUCAGAAGCUCUUGGAGCAGGCCAAGCGUGCCAAGAACUUCAUUAACUCCAAAGGCCACCCACGUUACUGUACAGUCACCACACUCAGCAGUGGCAUCACCGUGCUUAACGGGAGUCGCUCUCGGCGAGGCAAGAUGCGGGGUCCUCCAGGCAGCAAGGAGUGGGUGAUGGCACUCAAGAGCUGCGAUGACCCCACCUUCAUUGACUUUCUGAAGAAAUGUCUGGACUGGGAACCCAGUACUCGCAUGACGCCGGUUUUGGCUUUACGACACCCCUGGAUCCACAAGAGGCUACCCAAGCCUGUGCCUGGCGGAGAGAAAACUUUGGUACCCAAGCGGAUUACUGAGCAUAGCACUUCCUUCCCCAGCAUCGUCCCGAAAGUUCCCCCUGUCAUGGGUGCAGCCAACAAACUGAGGACCAACAUGAUUGGAGACUCUGGUGGGAAUAUACCAUUGCGUACAGUGCUACCAAAGCUCGUUUCAUAGAGCUGAUCACCUGUUCAGGGAUAAAGACAAAAUUGUAGCAAAGUUUUUGAUGGUGGAUUUAAUUUGGGCUUGUUUGCUUUUUAAAAGAACGACUGGCAAUACUCAGCGUUUGGACUUCGGUUUUUAAAAUAAUAAAGCACAAAAAGGUAAUUUUUUUUAUACGGCAGUUAAAAUGUAAUGUUUGUUUUCAAGUGGCCUUUGAAAGGGCAUUUGGAAAUUUACAGAUUUAGGUUUGUUUUUACACUUUUGUCAGGAACGCAAUGCUACUCAAGUGCACAAUUGGAUGAAAAUAUUAUAUUGUACCCUUCAGGGGUUUACGCUAUUUCUGCUAAGACAAACUGUUUUUCUAAGGGCUGCCUUGUAAAUCUAUUCUGUUAAGAGCUUAGAAAAAAUGCCGGGUGUUUUGAAUGAUCUUAAAAUCUAAUCAAGGCUUGAGCUAUAUCUACAGCAAAGAGCCUCAGUGGAUUGGUUCCAGCAAUCGUCUGAUUUAGCAAACAAACGGCGUGUAACGAUUUUAACUUAUGAAUUAUUCCGAUUUCGGCUUUUGAUUUUCUUCUCUCUCUCUGCUCAGAAUCAGGACACUAGUGCGUGAGUCAUGCGGAAGUUCUGUCCUCGUGUGCUCCUUUAGGCCAAAACACUGUGCAUUGCCAGAACAAACCAGGUUCCAGUCCAUCUGUAGCAGCGAGAUUUUCAUUUCCUUCUUUUCUCAUCUUCCGAGAAGCUGUUGUAAAAGAGACUGCAGAUGCCCUACAGUGAAAUAAUAAGGAAGUUAGUUUGUGUUGGGAGCAGCGUAGUGCACCCAGCUAGGGUGGGCUGUUGAUUUUUGAAAGCUGUCAGUCAGGUUGGACUUGAAAGAAAUAAACAAGUGAGCCUGUAGGUAAGCCUGGGGGACGUUUGCAUAUGGGUCUGUCUCAGAAACUGGGUACUGUGGGGGUGCCCCACUAAAUAUACUCACAGUCAAUAAACUAUACGGUUUUGAGUGGUGAUGUUGGUUUUAAUUUGAAAUAAAAUGAUGAAAGAAAUAAUACAGAUAAAACUAAACCUUUGAUGUGAAUACUCUAUUCAGAAUUUGGCAAAAAUUCUGCAAAUUUGUGGAAAAAUGGCGGCUUGAUCUGGGACAUGAUAAAUGGUCGACUACAUCGCAUUCCCUUCAAAAGGUUGUCGUCCACUGAAAAGUCUACAGUUAUCACUAAUUGUAUUUUAAGUUGUAACUUUAUACACCUAAGGAUUGGUGCUCACAGAAUAAUCAUAACCGUAAUAAAACAUCAUGCAAAAUAUUUGAUCACCGUCGUAACUCCGUUUUCCGCAGACCCAAAACCAAUACGAUCGUGUGUUUUGAUCUAAACGGAAAGCCUCAGGGUCAAGGUCACGACCUCACCAAAAGUAGCAACUUAAAAUCACUACGCUAUAUAAAAAUUUAGUUAUAAAUCUGCGAUUUUGUUUUUUAAAACGAAAGCUGAAAGUUAGGUAUAGAAUAUGUUUCUUACAGAAUAUGUUACGAUGGUAGCUGGUCUUGUAUGAAUUUCUGAGCUAUAAAAUGAGUCGUGGUCUAUUUUUUACCGUAGCGUGUUAUUUGUGUGCGGGGAAGGACACACAUUAACAAUUUGCAUGUGUAGAAUGGAAUUUUUCACUCCGACAGUUAGAGGUUGAUCGUGCUUCCAUUUGCGGUCUUUCUGUUACGCGAGUGAUCUGUUCGGACGUUAUCACUGAAAAGGUGAGUUUUGACAGUUUUAUUUUGUUUUAGUCUUGCAGUAAAUAGAAUGUUUCUUUUUCAUCUUACUUUCAUAUUUCGUAGUGUUUGCGUAUUUUUGGCCAGUAUUUUGCAACCAUGGUCAAUUUAGAUCGAACUUUUGAUAGAAUCUACGGCCAGUCAUUUUGCCCCGCCUCGCUCCGUCCGGUGCAGUAGUGAUGUCCCGUUGCUCGCGCGCUGCAGCAGAGACCCGCGCGACCUUCAGCCGGUACAGUCGCUGUUCUUUUACCACCGCCGUUAUUCUCAUCUUUCCGGUGUGUUCUUGGUUUUUUCCAUUGUGUCCUAUUCCGCCAUAUCAAAUACCCAAAAUGUAUCAUAUUAUUCAUAUUUAAGUGAAUAAUCAGUUCAGUCAUCAUAACUUGGCAUUUUUAACCCAAGCAAUCAGAAAGAGGAAAUUUAUUCAACAUUUUGACUCAUCUGUGAAGGAGGGGCUUUAAUUCUUCAUGAUGGAGUUAUUUUAUAUGGAAAUCAAUUUUACAAAAGCAUUUGAAUUGUAAUCAAAAAAAUUUUCCACACUGGAGGCCAGAUAAAGCAAGAUGCUAUCUUUAUUCUUAUUAAACAUGACAAAAGAUACAUUGAGUGUUAGGUAAAUGCAAAAAAAAAAAGUAAAAUUAGAAAAUUUAUUUUUUGACCAUAAUGUCCCAAAUGAGAGACCAGUUUCUGAGACGGACCCUUAUUCAAGCACUGUUUGUGAUCUAGAACGGGAUCAAAUACCACGUUCCUGACCUGGCCGUGUCGUCCCUUAACCACUUGCUGCUGGAUUUAGAUUAAGGACGAACCGAUCAGGCAGCUCUGUACAUCAUGGAGCGAUCAGCUUCCCUUUUUUUUUUUAAAACUCAGAAGCUGAGAAUUUCUCACUGAUUCACCUUGGAAGCCUGCAGUUUGUCUUCUGACACGACUCUACACUGUGACCGGUUUUGUUUUUUGUUUUUUUUUGUUCCUUCCCCCCAGUUUUUUUUUUUUUUCUGUGCACACUCUUCCAUGUUAACUCUCAAAGCUUCCUCUUCAUGCACUCGCGCUCUCGACGGCACCACAAAGCACAUCACCAUGCAAAUAUUUUACUUGCAGGGAAGGGCUUUUGAUAACUGCAAACAACCGAUUCAACAGAAGCAUAGCUGUAUUAUGGAAACUGCCAUGACACUGCCUGAUACUGAAUGUUUAAAGACUAGUUGUUACAAGGCAAAGACUAUUUUAGGAAACGAAUGGUGCUGACCUUACCGCCCCCUCACCUGUAUGCCGUGUCUGUAAUGUGCAUUCGUGUCCUUAGGACCAACAGGCGUUUUAAAAACACAACUGCCGUAGAGUUCUGUAUUUUAAUCUCGUUACACUUUGUUCGAUAAGAACCGAGUCGAAUCAUCUCUUCGGGUUUUCACCUCCUCGAGGUCUGCAUGAUGAUCCAAACAUAACGUCGAAGCUGUUACAAACACGUUUAUUUGUGAGAUUAUUUUAUCUAAAUUUGAAUGACACUUCCAGCUGAGUUAAGACCUCUUCGAUUUCAACAUAUGGUUUCCCAUUGAGAAAAAGGGAAAUCAUAUUAAUAUUCAUCGUUUUGUAGAUUAAAGCAACUAUCGAGACCAAUCGAUUCCGACCAAUAACAGGGAUCGAAACGGGAAUUUGGGAGCACUGGUCCAUUUGGACCAGUGCCUCUCAGAGGUACUGGUCCGUAUUUAUAAUUACAAAUUUCAAGCCGAUUUUAUAUAUUUAUUCAUAUUAUACAACCAUAUUAUACAUGAAUGGAACACUCUUGAAUAAGGGCCACAUACUUGUUGAGCGAUAUCCGUUUGUUUUGAUAGCUGUCAGAAAUGUCAAGCCAUGGACUUUUAAACUUCGCGGGGGUCUAAUCUAUCUGACCAAUAGCGGUUCAAGUUACAUUUGUCUUCACGGGCAGCAACGAAAAUGAACGGGAAGAAACGAAACUUCGCGCAGCCAUGCUGCAUGUAGCGGCGUAUACUGCACACGUAAACAAUAUGGCGGCGCCCGUGUCUAUGCCAACUUGACAAAUGUCUCACAAAAUCUAUUGAAAUUAUCGUAAAAAAUGGUAAAAUAGACCAAGUUCUGCUUAAAAUGGGCGAGAAUCGUUGAUAGAAACCAUCGAGGCAUAGCGUGGCGAGCCAGUCGCCCACUCGGUCAAGUACAUGUUGUCACUAGUCGCCCGUACCAUUUCCAACUCGCAUUGGCGAGUGGGCGAGCACCCGUUUCGAUCCCUGCAAUAACAAGUGCUUCUGGAUCAUAUCAGUUAAAAAGUGUUUGAAAAUUUUUUCACGUAUAACCUCCGGCUUUUGUUAUUAGUCUACCUCUGAAAUUACUUAUCUCAGGCUCUGGAAAGAUCUCGAACGAUCAUCGGAAAGUCAAGGUGUGGCAUCUUUUACUUCAACGCUUCUGAUCAGCUUCGACAUCAGUGUUUCCUUCUCGUUUUUGGUGCAUGAUCCUCUCUGUUGAGAGAACUCUCCUCCUUUGCCUUUAGUUGAAUGCUUGACUAAAUGACCGAGGCUCUACAGUACACAUUAACUCUCUCUCUCUUCCAGCUUCUAUACCUUCCAUGACCAGGUUUGUUUGGGGUUUUUUCACUUCUUUUGUGUGUCCUUUGUUAACGCUGACAUCAUUGCCAGUUUGCAAAUUGACAACAGCAUCAAAAAGAGAAUAAAACGACAAGAUGGUGUCAUUUCCCGUCUGUGGUGUGUCUCUAUAGCCGUUUGAAGCACGAAUAUGAAGUGUAAAAAAAAAAAAUUGAAUGAUGAGAAUUGUGUCCAUAAAAUAACCAAAUGAGCUUGUUUUUUUUUAAAGAAGAAUAAAAUAAAUAUGAACUGCAA